CUCAGGUGUGACUUCUCCUCUCCUUCUGGCCGCCACGUCACGUCACGCCGCGACACUUCAACUCCACUAACGUGACACAAAUGGGCUGUUGCUGAUUAAAAAUGAAGGUGCCCGCGGAGGAGUUGAUGAGUGACAUUCUCAAGCGUCUGACCGGCGAGUCGGCGUUGCCUACUUACAGGAACAUCGAGAAGUUCAAGCGGAGCAAGGAUGGCGUCUACGUGGUGGCGGAGGACUUCCACGAAACGGUGAAGAAAAGGGAACAAGUCAACGCCAAAGAACGGCUGAGGAUAAGGAACCUAAAUACCAUGUUCUCCCGCUUAAAGCGCAUGGUACCGUUGAUGCGACCAGACCGUAAGCCCAGUAAAGUAGACACUCUUAAAGCUGCAACGGAGUACAUUCGAUUGUUACUUGCAGUUCUGCAGGACACUGAUAAUACUGAUUGCAACGAAACAGACUUCCUGAAGAAUAUAAUCACUCAUGAGCAGACCGAUGGCUUUGAUGGUGAUCUUUGGACAGUUGAUGAUUUUCUGAAUAUUCCUGAUGAAGUUGAAGAUUGUUUCACCAUGCCAUCGGACACAGGAACAGAGGACUGUGAUCUGACCAGACAGGUGUACCAGCAUUGUGUUAUGCCUUCCUACCAGUUCAUCAUUCAAGUAAUGCCUGAUCAAUCUCCGAUGUCCUAACCCUGAUGAAUGUUAUGUGAAGCAUAUUGGAAACAAGCCAGGUUUGUGUAGCUUAUUUUGAACAUGCUUAACGUUACAUUGACAGAACCAUUCAACAGUAUUAUGAAAAAGAGCAAUAGAUAAUGCCAAACAUUGUCUUAUAAGUACAGGACAUAUGAGGAUUAAUACCUGAAUUUAAAGUAACAAAUUAGUACAGGAGUAAAAACUGACAUUGUACAGGGUGUCCCUAAAGUCUGGCCAAAUUGGCAUACACCUUUUGUAAGAUUAAGCAACUUUAUCAUUUAAUGAAAUACUAACAUUAAAUAGCUGGACAUAUUUCAAAAUUUUAGAGGGAGUCCAAUUAAAGAGGAUCUAUUAAAGCUUUUUCUCUUUGACUUUUAAAUUUAGAAUGUUGGACACUCUGGUUAAAUCAUAAUGGUAAUGCAUUUGGGCGCGAGCUUUCAAGCAGUUUUGGAGGUUUUCCUUGGGGUUUUUUUGUUAGAUUUUUUUAAACUGUGGGCCAUUUGUGACAUCAAAUAUUGACAGAUGAACAUUUAUGACACUGCGACUGCUACCUGGAACUUCUGUCUUAUUCUGUCUCAUUUCAUGCCCUCCCGCCUGCUCUGAUGUUUGUAAAAUAAAUGAUUUUGUGUUCA